AUGGCGCAAUACGCAGCCAUCACGAGCAUCCCGAGCGAACAUGGCAGUUCACGACCCGCGCCCACUGCAUCACAAUCGCGGCGAUCACGGCAUAGCAAGCACAACGGCAUGGGAGGAAACGCAUCAUGGGCCUCUUCCGUCAUAAACCUGGUGAACACCAUCGUGGGGGCAGGAGUACUGGCCAUGCCCCAUGCCAUGUCAAAUAUGGGCAUCACGCUGGGCACUUUCGUGAUACUUUGGGCUGGUCUCACGUCAGGAUUCGGGCUGUACCUGCAGACAAAAUGUGCGAGAUAUCUGGACAGGGGAGGGAGCAGUUUCUUUGCGCUUUCGCAAAUCACGUACCCGAAUGCUGCUGUGCUAUUCGAUGCGGCUAUCACAGUCAAGUGUUUCGGAGUAGGCGUGUCGUACUUGAUCAUCAUUGGCGAUCUCAUGCCAGGUGUCGUGAGGGGGUUCGCCAAGGAUAUUGACGAGACGGGUGCGCAGUAUUUGGUUGACAGGCAUUUCUGGGUCACGGCGUUCAUGCUGAUUGUGAUACCACUUUCUUUCUUGCGCAAGCUGGACAGCUUGCGGUACACUUCCAUCGUUGCUCUGGUCUCGAUCGCCUAUCUCGUGGUCCUCGUAGUAUAUCACUUCUCGACUGGCGACACCCUUCCACAGAAAGGACCGGUCAGUGUGCUCGAGUGGAAAGGGGUAGUGCCAACGUUAUCUUCGUUCCCGGUCAUCGUGUUCGCAUACACAUGUCAUCAGAAUAUGUUCUCUAUCUUGAACGAGAUCAAGGAUGCCAGCCCAGCACGGACAACCGCAGUCGUUGGCGCCUCCAUCGGCUCCGCAGCAUCAAUCUACGUUCUGGUAGCAAUUACAGGCUACCUUUCCUUCGGCGACAAUGUUGUCGGAAACAUCGUGUCGCAAUACACGCCAUCUGUCGCUUCCACUGUCGGCCGAGCUGCGAUCGUCGUAUUGGUCAUGUUCAGCUAUCCUCUGCAGGUCCAUCCAUGCCGUGCAUCUCUUGAUGCAGUAACGAAGUGGCGUCCAGCAACGAGGAGAAAUGCGGAGCUAACGCCUGCAGCAUCAUCUCGCGGAUCCCCUAGCAGGAACUCAUUGCUCGGUGGGCCUUCCAAGGUGCCGAUCAGCCGAAAACCAGAGGAGAUGAGCGAGCUGCGAUUCGCCAUCCUUACCACUCUGAUCAUCAUCCUCAGCUACAUAGUGGCCAUGACCGUGAGCAGUCUGGACAAGGUCUUGGCGUAUGUGGGCAGCACUGGUUCUACCGCGAUAUCGUUCAUUCUUCCGGGCUUGUUCUACUACAAGAUUAGCGCUCCAGAUUCACCGCACCAUCAACGGCUUCUCAAGGACGAAGACGACGAGGAGUCCAGUAACGAUGAAGGCAUUUCGACGAGUGCUCCACGGUGGCAGAAUGGACUUUUGCGAAAGAUGAGUUUGGCCAUUGCAAUUUAUGGCAUUGUGGUCAUGGUGACUUGCUUGAUCACCAACAGCGUAUUUCUAGCAUCGGAGGCACACUAA